CAAACUUUCUAAAAGCUUCUAAAGGUUUUCUACAUAAAAAGUUAAUAAUUAGAACAAGUUAUAUUGAUAAUUAAAGUGACUCAUUGUGUCAAUUAAAUUGAUUUAACAUUCACUGAAAUGGAUUGUUUUUCUUAAUAGUAAAUGUGUCUUUAUCAAAAUAAUGGCAAAAGAAUGUCCAAAUUGUGGAAAAUUAACAAAUAGUACACAAACAAGACUUGUAAAAGAUUCUUGUGGUCAUACAAAAUGUCGAAUGUGUUUAUUACAUGAAGAAUAUGGUUGUAAAUCAUGUGACAAUGAAAAGAAAAUCCAGCAAAUUGGUAGUUUUGAUUAUCCAACUCAAAGUUUUUCAAGAACAAAUGGAACAGAAACUUUAAAUUUAGAAUCAUCCAACAGUAAUACAUCAACAGAACAUGGAAAUCUAUUGGUAAAUAAAUUAACCAAUUAUGAAUUCAUACCUUGCGAUCUCUCGUCUGAAAAAGAGAGAACAGAUUUUACUGCAAAUACUGAUAAAAUUGUCUGUGAAAUUGAAAACGAAGAUGAUAAUUGGACUCUUAAGAUAGACGAAGAAAAUAAAAAUAAUACUGAAAUUUUAUCCCCGAAAAAGGAUAAUAAUCCAAAUAAUGAAGAUAGUGAAAGAGAGAAAGCUUUAAAAAAUAAACGAAAACUUAUAGAUCGUAGUCAUAUAUCAAUUAUAUCUGGUUCCCCAGAAAGAUAUAAAUGUGAUGCAUGUGGAAAAAUUUUUAGAAGUAAAAAAGGAACAUGCUAUCAUGAUUCUUGUGUAACAGGAAUUCGACCAUAUCAAUGCACAUUGUGUAACAGAAGUUUUGUGAAGCGAUCUCAUUUUGAAUAUCACGAAAGAACUCACACUGGAUAUAAACCAUUUAAAUGCACUCUUUGCGACAAAGCUUUUAUUCAAAAUAAUAAACUUAAUCGUCACAUGUUAUCACACAGUAAAUUGAAACCUUUUACAUGCAACAAUUGUGGAAAGUCUUACCGAAAGAAGGAUGACCUUAAAUAUCAUAUGACUAUUCAUUCCCAAACAGCACCAACUCCUUUUCAGUGUAAAAUAUGCGGAAAGACAUUCAGAGUUUCAUCGAAUUUAAAACGACAUAUUCUCAUUCAUUCUAACGAUCGACCUCAUGUUUGUGAACAAUGCAAUAAAGGCUUUAAAGAUAAGUCUCUAUUAAAGCGCCAUAAACGAAUUCAUGAGAAAGAAAGACCAUUUUCCUGCGCUCAUUGUUCAAGAUUAUUUCUAUCAAAAUGUGAAUUAAGACGACACAUGACAACACAUUCAAGUGAAAAACCAUUUUCUUGCCAAUUUUGUAAAACAGAUUUCCGACGAAAGGACAAUUUAAAUCGUCAUAUAAGACAUCAUCAUUUAGAUGAUAAUAUCGCAUGUGAAAAUAAUUCCUUGAGUGGUGAAACAAAGCAAAAAGCUUCUUUAAAACAAAAAACAAAGAAAUCGAAAAAAUCCUCUACCACUUCGUUAAAUGGGAAAAAUUUGAAAAAAGAAUCCACAGACUUUACAAAUUCGCUGAAUCAAAUAAAUUCUCGACUUGAUUCAAUGGGAAAUAUUACUCCAGUUAUUCGAACUACCGGUGAACUUAGCAAUGCAGUUCCUGUUAUAAAUGGACCAAUUAGCAUAAAAAAAUUUGUGGAAAAUACAGAAACACGUAAAAAAACAUUCACCUAUAUUGAGCCUAUACCAUUGGCUGAAGCAGUUGUUAUAAACAAAAGAAUUGAAGAAAAAUUAUAUCAACAAAAUGCAAGUAACAAUUAUUUUUUUCGUAAUUAUUCCACUUCAAGUAGAUCUAAUAGUUUAAUUCACAAUCAAAAAAGUGAUAAUGAAAAAACUAAUCAAUCGGAAAAAAAUUGUGUCAAAUUAAAAAUGAAAGAUUCAUUAGUAAAUAAUGAAUUUGAUUCUAAAAAUUCACGUUUAGAUAAAGGACAAAUUAAUUUGGAACAAAAAUUUAAUUUAUCACAAAUAAUAAAUAAAAAUUCUAAUAUCGAUUUACGUAAUUUGCACGCGAAAAAUACAAUUUUAAAUAAUGAAAAAGUCUCAGAUUCAAGAAUUGAAAACGAGCAUUCAAAUUAUGUAUCUACAAUAAAGCACAUUAUACAUUCAGAGAGUCAAAUUGAAUCCAGUGGCUCUUGUGAAAAAAAUUCUGAUGUGAAAGAAUUGCAAAAAACGUACAGCACAUAUUGGAGACGCAGAACUGCUGAAACGUUAAAACCAAAUUCUAAAUAAAGAUAUAGAAUUUAAAUUAAAUAAAUUUAAAAAUAAAUUUUUAAAUUAAUUAUCUUUUUAAAAGUAUUUCUUAAUUUAUUAUUUUACAAAUUAACGAAUAUAUUGCUUGCUAUUUAAAACUUAUAUUAUUUUAAGUUGAAUUUAAUUUAGAAAUAAUUUAGAAAAUGUAAUUUUUCUAAUGAAAUGUAUAUAAUGGAUUUUUAGAAAUCACGCAAGGCGUAAUUUUUUACUGCAAUUAAAGUGUUUUAAUGUUGAAAAAUAAUAGUUGUUGAAUUAUUAAACUUGACUCCUUGGAACACUAAAUGCUUCUUGUAGAUAGAAAAAUGAAAAAAUUAAUUAUAUUUAUUUAUUGGGAAAUAACAUUAGGAUAGAUUAGUAGAAAAUUAUAAGAUGAAAAUAACAAAACACGUCAAUUUAUUACAAGUAAUUUUAUCGUUUUAUAUUUAUUUCACUUCUUCAUCAUUCGGGAUUACAUUGUGACAUUGAUAUGAAUAUGAGAAGUGUAGAUGUAAACUCAUAAGUGCUCGUGCUGUGUAAUCGCAUUAUUACUAAUUUCUAUAUAUUAUCUAAUUGUAGGCAUCAUGACGAAAGUUCUUUCAUUUUUUUUUUAUAUAUAAUAAUAAAAAGUCUGUAACGGCAGUGAAAACAUUCGCUUAAGUUGUACAAUAUAUCAAAUCGAUCACUUUUAUUUUCUUCGAAUUUAAAGAAUUAUUAUCUUGCACAACAUGUUUCAAGUGUUCCGCAUUUAUUUUUGUUUUAAUUCAUUUUUAUGUACAUUCGAUAAAAUUCGCUAAACCUUUUUACUCAAAACUAAACUACCGAUUCUAAUCGCAAAAAGGGAUUAAUUGAAGAAAUUGAUUUUUUUUUUUUGCUUUCUCACAUUUAAAAAAAAAAUAAUAAGCGCUGAUUACAUUCAAAGCUACAAUUUCAUACAGAGAUGCAGCUACGGCUGUGAAAAGCAGUUCUUUCGAAAUAUAUCAGACUUGAAUAUAAUAUAUAUUAUAUAUAAUGUAAAAAUCUUUGAAAUAUUGUCAUAAAAAAUUUUCAUUUCGAGCGUAAAUUUAAAAUAACGUUGAUUUAGAUUUUUUUUAAAUUGAACAUAAGAAAAUGUGAAAAGUCCAAACAAGGUCUUUUUUUAAUUUUUUCUUUUUUCUAACAAAAUUUAUAAAAAAUUUACUUCUACAGAAAUUUUUUGCAUAAAAUAUAUCUUUUUACCCAAAUUUCUAUAACAGUAGUACUUAACAUAUAUUUUUUUUUUUUUUUAACCAGAAUUCAAUUAUAAAAAAAUAACUGGACUUCUCACAGACGGGUUACCCUCUUAAUAUAACAUUUGAUAACUUCUUAAAUAGAAAUAUAUAAACAAAAAGACAUUUUUUUUUAUAUCAACUAGAGAGCGUGAUUCGUUUUUU